GGCAGAUAACACGGCCAUGGAUGUUCCAGCUGAAUUUAUCUCAGAUGAUGAGCCCCAGACUGUAUCCAGCUCUUACCUCAAGAACAAGCACCGGCAAGCUGUGCCCAUUAGACCAGCUGGAGUGAGCCAAGGGGAGAUAGGAAGCCCAAAAGAAUUAUGGGAAAAGAGCAGCUACAAAGUGGCAGAGAGCUGGAGGAGCAGGAGUGUGUCUUCACCACAGAAAGCCGCUCCGAAGCCAGGCAUAGCUCACAUGGCAGACAGCGCCAAAACAGCGAAAAUGUCGCACAGGCCAAAGGCUCUUCCAAAGCCCAGGUCAGCGAAGCCAGCUCUAAGAAGUGGGAUGUCUGUAUUUAAGAAGCACACCUCUACCCAACAAGCGCCCAUUUCCAGGCAAGACCAACCUCAUGUGCACCCUUGCUGGGAGACCUGGCCGCCAGGUAGCAAAGUUUGCCAAAACGUGGGGAUGGGUCCAUGGAAACGCCAGGUGCUCUGUGGGCCGGCGUCAACGCUGAGACUGGAGCCCGUGAACAGAAAGGCCAGCAGGACUCCCACAAACACCUGGUGCAUGAAGUCCGCGGCUUAUUUGCUGGAAGAGGCCAAGCAAAUCGCCGGGAUUAAGUCCAUGGGAGAAGAAAUGGCCCCUCUGGAAGACGAGCCAGAUCAGGCACCUACUGGGGACGCUGGGAAGAUGGUUGAUAGGAGCAUCUGGGGUGCCAUGGAUGUGGAGGUGCUGCAAGUGGUGUCAGGAGACACCAUGGAGAGUGAGCCACCUGGGAGGGAGGACACCUCCAGCCAGCAGGUGGCGUUGUGGGCUGUGGGACUCCAGCAGCAGCAGCCAGCCCCAGAGCAUGUGGCCGUGUCUGGUGCCACCAAGAUAGUGGACACAGGCACACUUGGAAAGCUCACAAUCUGCGAAGAAGAUGAUGUCAUCACCACUUCUCUGCCCCCCCACAAGGUGACCUAUGGAGAUUUCCUGGUGGUGAAGGGGGGCGCCAUAGCAACAACCCAGAGGCAGGAAAGGUUACUUAAACAGCGUAGAUCCUUGCAAGGUCUUUCCUACUUGGCAACAUGGAAGCCUAAGACCAAAACUGAGGAACACAAGUCCAUCCACCAUCUCUGCACAGCGCCAGUGUUUGACGUCCUUCCACUGAGGCUGCAGCUGGCCUCUAGAGCCUGUCACACUCUGUGCCAAUUGCCUGUGGAACCCCAGGUCACCCGGGAGAGGGCAGCACUGAGCCAGAUCCCUGAUCAGCCUCAGCACAGGUAAGCUGAACUGAACAUUUAAAAAAAUCGCUGAGAUAUUACUUCAUUCUGUGAUUUCUUUUGGGUGGAGAAACCUCCACGCAGAGACUAGUUAUAAACGUUUCAAAAGAUUUUUCUGGAGUUUUCAGUAAUUUCAGUAAUGCAUGGUGUUUUUAUUCAGUUAAAUUCAGCUUAUUUUAUAUUGCGUUCCUCUCAUCACAUUUGCCCCAUAUCCACUAUAUGGACAAAAGCUUAGGGAUACAUGUCUUAUUCACUGAAUUCAGGUAUUUCAUUCAGAGCCAUUGCCAGAGGUGUAUAAAAGCUGCCUGUUUGAACCCAAUAAAAAAAAAAAACAUCGAAAACAUACAUUGGUUGCUCAUAAAAUGCAUUAGAAGCCAUGGUAGUUAUAGCGGAACAAAACCUUUGGCAGGUCAAAGGUCAACUGGGUGGGCACAUAUAGUGUAGGUUUCCACAGACACUCAAAACCCAUAAACUGUCCAUAAAUGUUUUAGUGAAGCCUCAGUGACCAUAUCCAUGUGGCUUCUCUGUUAAACUGGAUUUUUAGUUGAGGGGGCAAGUGGUUAAUUUAACCUUGACUCUCCCAAGCAUUGCUGCUUUUUUUGGAGGAGGGGGGUGGGGCAUAAUGAGGAGGGUGUCCUCCCCCCAGUGAUGGGAGCUGGGAGGCCUCUCACCUGCCCCCCCUGCCCCGCUCCUUCUCGUUUGUCCACUGUGUCUGGGGCUGUACAUUACGGCUCCAUCAGCCCAGUCCAAGUCAUUUAAUAUACGCAUUUGCAACUAAAAUAAAAUGUGGCUGUA